GAGGAAAUUGAAGUGCAAAGUACAAGAAAAAGUUAAUAACGAAGGGCACAAACUUCUAUUAAUAUAUUUUGUGAAGAAAGCACUCGAGUAUCUGUCAUAAAGUACACUGUCAUAAAUAUUCCAUAGAAAAUUAUAAAUUGGUCAUUUUGGCCAUUUUGGUAGUUUUAGUGUUAAAUUCUGAAAUUCAUUCGACUGUAAGUGCCCCUCUAUUUCAGACUGAAUUUAAAAUUCUGAAAUUCACGGUUCACAAUUUAAGAAUUUAAGAUUCUUAAAUUCUGAAAUCCAUGGUUCACAAUUCUUGAAAUUCACGGUUCACAAGUUUUUAAAUUCACAAUUUAAAAAUUUAAAAUUUUUAAAUUCUGAAAUUCACGGUUCACAAUUUCUGGCACUCACAGUUUAAGAUUCUUGAAUUCUGAAAUUCACGUCUCACAAGUUUUUAAAUUCACAAUUUAAGAAUUUAGGAUUUUUAAAUUCUAAAAUUCACGGUUCACAAUUUCUGACAUUCACAAUUUAAGAAUUUAAAAUUCUUGAAUUCUGAAAUUAACGGAUCACAAGUUUUUAAAAUCACAAUUUAAGAAUUUAAGAUUUUUAAAUUCUGAAAUUCACAGUUCAGAAUUUAAGAAUUUAAGAUUCUUAAAUUCUGAAAUUCACGGUUCACAAGUUUUUAAAUUCACAAUUUAAGAAUUUAAGAUUUUUUAAAUUCUGAAAUUCACAAUUCACAGUUGCUUAAAAUCAAAGAUUCACAAUUUAAGAAUCUUCAGAUUCUGAAAUUCUGGAAUUCACUCAACUGUGGACGGCCCUCUCUGCUCAGAUCGCCGUUGUCGGGGUCGGACACGCAGCGCAAGAUCGUCGAACGUACUUCGUACUACCCCCAAGAGCCGAGCAAGAGGCCAAAGACCAGACAGGAGAAGAUUCGAUCAUGUCUCAGACACAAUUCUCUAACCAUGUUAACCGUCGCCGGUGUUUUCGGGGGCGUGGUCCUCGGUAUUAUUCUGAGGAACAUGCGGAGCCAAGGAUGGACGCCUCGCGAGAUCAUGUACAUCAACUACAUAGGAGAUCUGUUCCUGAGGAUGUUGAAGAGCUUGAUCUUACCGCUGAUUAUAUCCAGCUUGGUCUCGGCCAUUGGAUCUCUCGAUCUGUCAUUGAGCGGCAAAAUUGGCAUGCGUGCUAUAGUGUAUUACAUGGUGACCACUAUUAGCGCUGUUAUACUAGUAGCGUACCGACUGAACAACAAUAGACGCACAGACGAUGCAUAUGAAUAUACCUCGUUUGUGGCAGAAAUGACAAAAGUUGUGGAACCAGAUGAUGGAACCAGACCUGGGCAAAAUUUAUUCCGAAUGCUAAAUUUGUUAGUAUUAUUUUAGUAAUCACCAUUCAACCGGGCGUAGGGAACAAUCCGGAGAUCAAGACGAAAGAACGAUCUCAAAAUGUUUCAACUGUCGACACGCUGAUGGAUUUGCUUCGGAACAUGUUCCCCCCAAAUCUGGUAGAGGCGUGUAUUUCUCAACACAGGACCGAGAUGCAGAAACCAGAGAACAGCACAACAGAUAACAUAGAUUAUUGGGAGCCAGUGCAAAAGAGCGUGUCGGGGACAAACAUCAUGGGCUUGGUCGUCUUCGCCACGGUGUUGGGCAUAACACUGGGAAAAAUGGAGGAACAGGGCAAGCCGCUGCUCAUGUUCUUCGAGUCCUUGUCUAGCGCCAUGAUGUUGUCGCCGGUGGGCGUUCUCUUCCUGGUAGCCGCCAAGAUCACCGAGAUGCAGUCGCUGGACGAGGUAGUCGCUCAGCUGGGAAUGUACUUCCUCACCGUCUUGAUCGGCCUCUUCAUACACGGUUUUAUAGUUCUCCCCAUGCUGUACUUUAUAAUAACGAGAAAGAACCCGUACGUGUACAUAUCGAACCUGGCCCAGGCGUUGGUCACCGCGUUCGGCACGUCCUCGAGCUCAGCGACGCUGCCGAUCGCCAUCAACUGCCUGGAAGAGCGAAACAACGUCGAUCCGCGGAUCACCAGGUUUGUCCUACCGAUCGGCGCCACCAUCAACAUGGACGGCACAGCGUUGUACGAGGCGGUGGCUGCGAUCUUCAUCGCGCAAGUGCGCCAAGUCAGCCUGAGUUUCGGUCAACUGGUGGCAGUCAGUAUCACGGCGACUGCUGCAAGCAUCGGUGCAGCUGGCAUUCCGCAAGCUGGUCUCGUGACGAUGGUGAUGGUGCUGGAUACCGUCCGUCUUCCCGCUGACGACGUCUUCCUAGUCAUCGCCGUCGACUGGCUGCUGGAUCGCUGCAGGACGACGGUGAACGUGGUGGGCGAUUCCCUCGGAGCCGGGAUCGUGAAUUAUUUGAGCAGAAACGAGCUGGCUUCGUUGCCGCACAACGCACAAGCCCAGAACGGGGCGGACCAUCACACCACCACUUCCAUAUGAGACUCGGAUCGACUGAACUCGUGAAUUGUCGACAGGGACGACGAGCCCCCCCCCUUCCCUUUUUUUCUCAACACUGCUCGUUAAAUCGUCGCACAAACCCUCCCCUUCCCUCCCACCCCAUCGAACUUUCAAUUAUAUUUCUAUGUCGAAGACGAAGUUCAGUAAGCAUGAUGUAUAAUUCCUCGAGAGCAAACGACAACGCGUAGUCAAUAACUUUAUCCUGUUCUGUCCGUAGCAGUCUUGACAGAUGAAUAUUUUUCUUUUUUUUUUUUGUAUUUAAUUUCACAGCUGCCAGAUUCGUUCGAUUAGAGUACAAAAAAAAAAAAAGUAAUGAUAAUAAUAAUCAAGUGAUCAAGUAAUAAUAAUAAUAAUCAAGUGAACCGAUCAUGUUUUAAUGGUCAUAUCAUAUCUGUAUCGUUGGUUUUACGAUAAGUUCAAGCGAGGUCCAAUCGAAACGACGAUCUCUUGUGAAGUGUGAAAUCGUUAGAUUCUGAAAUAUCCCGGUACUUGGGAAUUCCCGUGACCUCAUUCUCUGAGAGCUAUUUUUCUUUCCUUUUUAUUUGAAAGUCAUGCUAACAACGUAAUGAAUAUACUACUGCCUAGGUGUUCCAAUUUAUCUUAAAAGUGUUCUUUUUCUUUCGUUCGUUACUUCUGAACUCGUUUUACGUCAUUCUUUUCUCGAAAUUAUUAUACAAAAACAUUCGACUCCGGAAGCAUUUUUUUUUUUUUUUUUUUUU